CAACAUAAAAACUGCACCAGUGUUUAUAAGUUUCAUAGUAAAAGAGUGUGUGUGAAAAUUAACAUAAUGGCUAGUAUCAAAGAAAUGGGAAAGAAGAAAGCAUGUGUGAUUGGUGGCACAGGUUUUGUGGCAUCUAUUUUGAUCAAACAGUUGCUUGAAAAGGGUUAUGCUGUUAAUACUACUGUUAGAGAUCCAGAUAAUACUAAGAAAAUAUCACACCUCGAGGCACUGCGGAGUUCGGGGGAACUGAAUCUGUUUAAGGCAGAAUUAACAGUUGAAGAAGAUUUUGAUGCUCCUAUAGCAGGAUGUGAACUUGUUUUUCAACUUGCUACACCUGUGAACUUUGCUUCUCAAGAUCCUGAGAAUGACAUGAUAAAGCCAGCGAUCAAAGGUGUGUUGAAUGUGUUGAAAGCAUGCGCGAAAGCAAAAGAAGUGAAAAGAGUUAUCUUAACAUCUUCGGCUGCUGCUGUGACUAUAAAUGAACUCAAAGGGGAAGAUCAUGUCAUGGAUGAAACUAACUGGUCUGAUGUUGAGUUUCUGAAUGCGGCGAAGCCACCUACUUGGGGUUAUCCUGCGUCCAAAGUGCUAGCUGAAAAGGCUGCAUGGAAAUUUGCUGAAGAAAAUGACAUUGAUCUAAUCACUGUGAUACCUACAUUAACAAUUGGUCCUUAUCUCACCCAAGAUAUGCCAUCUAGUGUUGGCUUGGCAAUGUCGCUUAUAACAGGCAAUGAUUUCCUCGUAAAUGCUUUGAAAGGAAUGCAGUUUCUGUCAGGUUCAAUAUCCAUUACUCAUGUCGAGGAUAUUUGCCGAGCUCAUAUAUUUGUGGCAGAGAAAGAAUCGGCUUCUGGUAGAUACAUUUGCUGUGCUCACAAUACCAGUGUUCCCGAGCUUGCAAAGUUUCUCAGCAAACGUUACCCUCAGUAUAAAGUUCCAACUGAGUUUGAAGAUUGCCCUAGCAAGGCAAAGUUGAUAAUCUCUUCUGAAAAGCUUAUCAAAGAAGGGUUCAGUUUCAAGUAUGGUAUCGGUGAAACUUUUGACCAGACUGUGGAGUAUUUGAAAACUAAGGGGGUCUUGAAGAAGUAAACUUCUGAUAUUUUCAUUUCUCUAACAAACUCUAAGCAUGUUAUGUGUUUGUUGAGUUUAGAGUGAAAUAUCAAGUGAAUAAGAAUAAAGAAGGGAAUGACAGGUUCAUCUCUGUGAAUCCCCUAGUGUAUUACCACCUAAUUAAACCCCUCUAAUAUUAUUAUUAUUACUUUGCUAA